UCACUCUACAGCGCUAUCUCUGACUGAGCAGCAGCCGUACCGCCAUGGCACCCAAAACACCAACCGGCUCCAAAGGAGCAAAGAAGGCUAUCAAGAAGUCUGCCCCCAAGUCCGGGGACAAGAAGAAGCGUAGGAGGAGGAAGGAAAGCUACGGCAUCUACAUCUACAAAGUCAUGAAGCAGGUCCACCCUGACACCGGCAUCUCGUCCAAGGCCAUGUCUAUCAUGAACAGCUUUGUCAACGACAUCUUCGAGCGUAUUGCCGCCGAGGCCUCUCGCCUGGCUCACUACAACAAACGCUCCACCAUCACGAGUCGGGAAAUCCAGACCGCUGUCCGUCUUCUCCUGCCCGGUGAGCUGGCCAAGCACGCCGUCAGCGAAGGUACCAAGGCUGUCACCAAGUACACCAGCAGCAAGUAAACUCCUCGUCGCUUGAAAACUCCCAACGGCCCUUUUCAGGGCCAACCA